CAGUGUUUGUGGUUGGUGGUGGUGUGGUUGUUAUUGUGAUUUUCUGAAGCUAAUAUGACGCUUGCUGAAAUGUACUCUUUCUCGACCAGUAAAUCCGGCGGAAGUGCGAACGGUAGCGGUAGUUCGCUAGUGUCGUCGGCUACUACGUCUUCCGGUGGAUCUUCGACGGUGUCGACUUCAUCGGUUGCUGGGGAAGUUACGGUUAGCUCUACGUCCGCUUCAAUUGGGUCCACUAUUCAAUCGAUGGUUGUUUCGGUGGCCGCUGCUUCGCCGGAGUUGGUUGUUGGUGUAGCGGAACGUACGAUAGCCAGCGGUGUACCAGCGGUAUCGAGUGCUACGGCUUCGUCAACGACACUGACGAGCUCUACUGCUGUGGCCAUUUUACAGCAAACGGUACCAACUAGUGUCGCCGUGUUGGUGUCACCCCGUUCGGAUCAACUCGUGUCGAAGCUGAUCGGGGGUCCAUCGCCGAACAGCAGCAGCAGCGUUUGCAGCAACGGUAGCAGUACCAGCAGCAGCAUGUUUCCGGAAGUUUUUAAGCUGGACGAUAUGCUGGAUUUGGAGAACGUGGGCAAUAGUUCGCUGAGCGAGAAUGGCAGCUCUGGUGGCGAUUUUCAACUGGAUAACAGUUCGCUUUCCGAUUUGAUGGAACAGGACUGUACCCUUUGCAAAAACAAAUUCACUUCGCCACGUGUGCUGUCCUGUUUGCAUGUGUUUUGCGAGAGCUGUCUGGAUAAGCUGUUGGCCGAUAGUUCCGGUGAUAAGAUCCUUGAAGGGGGUAAUGGUAGUACGAUCGUUUGCACCAUUUGCAAACAAUCUACUCCCAUCGGCCCUAAGGGUGCUGCUGGCCUUCAUCAGGAUUACAUUUUGAGCAAUGUUCUUGAUUUGUCCACUAUCGAACCAGCACUGCUAGCGUGCACCUCGUGCAAGAGCAAGGAAAUGGCCAUAUCGCGCUGCAAUGACUGUGCCAACUUUUUGUGCGAUAGUUGCGAGUAUGCGCAUCAGCAUAUGCGCUGCUUCGAGGAUCAUAAGGUUGUGCAGCUGGAGGAUUUGCGCAAGUCGUCCGAAAAGGUGGCCAUUCACAAGCCGCUUUACUGUCCGGUGCAUGCGACGGAAAACUUGAAGUACUAUUGCUUCAACUGUUCGACGCCGGUAUGCAACGAAUGUUUGAUCGGCGAGCACAAAGGGAACGAUCAUACCUACCAUAUCAUCAGCGAGGCCGAGAAGCCGAUGCGCCAGGAGCUAGAGUGUUCGAUGCGGGAUGCAAAGUCCAAAAUCGAAUGCUGCAAUCAAGCGACUGCCAAGCUGGAAUCGUCACUGCACGAGUUACAGAGCCAGUACGAGACGGCACGUGGAUUAAUUACUGAGUCAUUCCAGAGCUUUAAGGCGGUGCUGGAGAAGUGCAGGGAAGAUGCGCUGAAGAAUUUGGAAAAGCUGCAUUCCGAGCGAGAACUGAAGAUCAUGGAUCUUUACGAUAAUGUUGCGAAAUCUGUGGAAAAAAUCGAAGUCGCCACUAAGUACGCCAGGAAGGUGCUGGAUCAGGCUAAUGGGCCGGAACUGUUGAGCCUGAAAAGCAUGAUAUGUGCCCAACUGAGCCAAGUAAUGGGUACUGCACCAAAGGGUGACGUAAAAUUCUCGAUUGAGUUUCAAAGCAACUAUGAAAAAUUCCAACAGCUCGUACCGGAGCUGUUUGGGAAAUUCCGCACCGAAUCUUGCUUACCGGGGAAUAUGAACGAAACUACACCAUCGCCCACACUCCCCGGCGUGCCAAUGAUGGUUUCCGAGGCACACCACCAACCUGGGAAUGGAAAUUGCGGACUUAGCCAGGGUCCACUAACUGCAUCGGUAACGGCCAGCAGUCCUAUCUCGCUACCAACCUCAAUGCAAUCGUCAUUCGACGGUGACAUAUCGACGCUUGGCCCUGGUUACAUUCUACCGAAUGUGCUGACGCCAGAACCGGCGACCGGAGCGGGAACGAUUUCCGGCGCUUCAAAUCCACUCAGUGGCACGCCAUCACCAGGCGUCGUCGUUGGAUCAGGACCUCCAACACUUCCCGGUUUGUCCAGCAUUGCCGAGUAUAAUCUUCAUCGAUUGGCAAAUUUAGCCGGUGAAUCAUCCGCGAACGAUAUGACCGAUUCAAUUGUACCUGUGGUCAACAGCAAUCCGGCGACGGUAUCGACCGCUGGUUCAACGCCGAAUUUUACACUGGCUGACUUGAUAUCUGGCAAUCAGCACGCUAUACAGGCGCUGGCCAAAUAUUCUUCCAUGGGUGGUCAAGAUAUGGGCAAUGGUGCGAUGCUAACGCCCCACCCGAGCCUGGACAAUGUGCCGAUGAUGAAUGAUUUCCCGGGCGUGCUGCCGGGCUCGACAUCUCCUAUCCUGCCCGUUCCACCGAACAUGCCGUCUAUCGAUGGUCCCGGGAUGAAUGGUGCUGGUAGCGAUAUGGCUAUGAGCCGCUUCCAGCCGUCGAUGUGUGUGAAUGGACGUACCAAGGCCACGCCGAUGCAGAUUCGUACGAAAUUUGGUUCACUCGGCCAAACGAAGGGUCAGUUCAACUCGCCGCACGGCUUCUGUUUGGGCGUGGACGAGGAAAUCGUUGUGGCCGAUACGAACAAUCAUCGCAUCGAGAUAUUCGAAAAGAACGGAACUUUCAAGUUUUCGUUCGGCGUACCGGGCAAGGAGGAGGGUCAACUUUUUUAUCCGCGCAAGGUGGCUGUCAUGCGCACCAGUGCCAAAUUCGUGGUGUGCGAUCGGGGCAACGAGCGAUCAAGGAUGCAGAUUUUUUCAAAAAACGGCCAUUUUAUCAAGAAGAUCGCUAUCAGAUAUAUUGAUAUUGUUGCCGGAUUGGCCGUUACCAACAAAGGCUUGAUUGUGGCGGUAGAUAGCGUUUCGCCGACCGUGUUCAUCAUUUGCGAAGACGGCAAUUUAAUACAUUGGUUCGAUUGCAGCGAUUUUAUGCGUGAACCGUCCGAUAUAGCUAUCAACGGAACGGACUUCUUCGUGUGCGAUUUCAAGGGUCACUGCGUGGCAGUAUUUGCAGAAGAUGGUACGUUUAAAUAUCGUAUCGGCAGUGAAAAGAUAACCUGCUUCCCAAACGGUAUCGAUAUAUCUGAUGCUGGAGAUGUACUGAUUGGUGAUUCGCACGGUAAUCGCUUCCACGUCGCUUGCUAUUCGAAGGAUGGACACUUGCAAUCGGAGUUUGAGUGUCCUUAUGUGAAGGUAUCUCGCUGCUGUGGACUUAAAAUCACCUCCGAGGGAUAUGUGGUAACUUUAGCCAAAAAUAAUCAUCAUGUCCUAGUCCUGAAUACACUGUAUAUUCAGUGAUCAAUAGCGGGCGCGAGAAUAUUGAAACCUAACUACUAAGGCAUCUUGCACACCUUCUCUUCCAAAACAAAACGUUAAUCCUUGUGCACGUUAGUCUCCUCGCUGACCACGUGCGUGGGUAUCAUAUUGUUCUAUUCACAUUUUUUAUGAUGUCCAUUACUUCACGUCGUGCUGCAACAACAAAAGCAAAAAAGCAUUUUAGGCACGACCGUCGUGGAGUGAGCGAGUUUACGUUAUAGCCAACAAGUAAAGGACUUUUCAUCCAAGUUCUGUUGGCAUACGCAAAAAUCCAAUACCGAUAGGAACAUUGGGAUUUAUCGAGCUUUCGUGGCAUGAUUUUUAUGUCGCGAUAUUGCUUAUAGUACACGUUUUCGAAUUAGCAGUUUUCGAAGCACCUACUACCAUUCUCCAGAGCCGCUCACAUAUUUGCAACCAAAAGCAAGAAGCUUUUUUUUUAAUUCGCCUACAAGAUGGAUGAACGAUAUUACUAAUUUCUAGAGCAAUGAUUAUAAUUAUUUUAAUUGUUUGUGUUCAUCGUAGGUAAUUGUUUUGCGCAUCUGUAAUCUGUAUGUUAUGUUAUUCUAUAUUUAUUAAUUGAAGAUGACAACAAUAUAUGAUCUCUGUUCUUGUGUUUACAUCGAUGUAGUGAGACAUUGGCAAAACACUCUAAUGGCGCAGGUUUACUAACCGUAUUUGGUUUGGUACAAGAACGUACUGUGGGGUUUCCUAAGUGUAAUAAGAACCGCCUCAACUAUUAUAUAUUUACAGCGUGAAAUGUGUGUGUGUGUAUGUGUAGAAGAAAAGAGUAUAUAUGGCAUAAGUCGUAAAGAAGCGCACUGUCGGCGACCAUCCACAUACACAACGAGCGUGCAUUAUUCGUAACACAACAAUAUUUCGCAUUUAUGCGCUCAAGUAUCUCUACAUUUAUUAACGUUGCCGUACAAAAGGAAUUACACUUUUGGACAAGUCCAAACAUAUAGCAGCAUAUUGUAAAUAGUAUUGAAAUGGCGGUGUUUUGACUUUUUCACCUGGCUAGAUAUUUUAUCUGAUUCGACAUAAACGAGAUCCUUUUUGGCAUUAGCAAGCAAAGAAGAAAAGCUUCCAAAACAGAUGAAUUAGUCAUAGAAACUAUAAGUUGAUCCUUAUGAUAUGACGCAUGGUUUUUAAUAAUAAUAAACC